UUCCAUUCAGUUAUCACGCGAAUGACCGAACAAGUGGUUGUUGUGAGUUGUACAUUACGCGAUUUCGGUAACGAUUCAAAAUAUUUUUUGUUGGUGUUACGAAUAUAAUGUGAUCGCGUUAAACACACACACGUAUAACUUAACAUAUUCAUCAUACAAUAUAAAACGCAGACUGUAGCCACAGUUUGCAAAAAAGAAAAGAAAAAAAAACGUAAAGAAAUAUCGCACACACAAUUUUUCCGAUAAAACUUGCUCUAAAAAAGCGCUUUUAUUGUCAACUAUCAUGUCAUGCAAGUCAGAUGUUGAUCUUGCGACUCUACACAAAACACGUCUAGAAGAACGAGUUCACUAUAAGCUGUCAUGGUGGGCUCGCCGAUUUAGCGAAAAACAAAAACAUUUUAAAAAUCUAAAGAAUUUGGUUGUUUGCGGUGAGUCGACGUCAGUGUCGGGCGAUUGUGUUAGUAAACGUGAGACUGAGAUAAACAAUGAGGCUGAGGCCAGACUGAUCGAGAAUUGUUCGAAUGAUAAGGAAUAUUUUGGAACAGAUGUGUGCAGGAGGCGUCGUUCUGGUACCUGGCCGCGUACAAGAAGUUUAAAUGCACCAUCCCCUUCGCAACAAUUUGGACCAUGUGGACGUAUAAUGAAAAACUCCGCUAUGGUCAUGCAAAUACAGGAUCCAGCAAGCCAACGCUUAACGUGGUAUAAGACUCCACUUGCCGUUUUGGUUAUCAAAAAAGCACGGGACCACACAGUACUUCCACCGUUUAUUAAAUUGGUAGAAUGGUUGAUGCAUACGAAAAACAUGGUUGUGUGGGUCGAAGAAGCUGUCCUGGAUGAUCCAUUGCUGGUGUCGGACAAUAAAUUUCAUGUAAUCAAAGACAAACUGGUGACAUUCAGGGAGGAUAAAGACAAUCUAACAGACCGAAUAGAUUUCAUUGUCUGUCUCGGUGGCGAUGGAACAUUAUUGUACGCAUCAUCAUUAUUUCAACAAUCCGUUCCUCCUGUGAUGGCAUUCCAUUUGGGAUCACUUGGGUUUUUAACACCAUUCCAAUUUGACAAUUUUCAGGAGCAAGUUACAAAUGUUUUAGAAGGUAAUGCGACUUUAACUCUAAGGAGUAGAUUAAGAUGUAUAAUUGUACAAAAGCAUCAAGAACGCAAAGAGUCUGAUGAAAUAAAUGCUCAAAUCGAAUACAAUGCCGUUAACAAACCAGCCGCCAAUAUAUUAGUUUGUUUAUUGCAAUCAUGUCACAUCUAUAUCGUUGCUAAUUGUUGGUCUAUUCAGGUUCUAAACGAAGUAGUAGUCGAUCGUGGCCCAUCGCCGUACUUAAGUAACAUAGAUCUGUUCUUGGAUGGAAAACACAUAACGUCGGUGCAGGGCGACGGAUUGAUUGUAUCAACACCUACUGGAAGUACAGCAUACAGUGGUUCGGCUGGUGGCUCAAUGGUACAUCCAUCAGUGCCUUGUAUAAUGGUUACACCAAUUUGUCCACAUUCAUUGAGUUUUCGACCGAUUGUCGUGCCGGCCGGUGUGGAAUUAAAGAUCUCAUUGUCACCGGACAGCCGUAACACUUCAUGGGUAUCAUUCGAUGGCCGUAAUCAUCAGGAACUUUUGCAUGGCGACAGUCUACGUGUUACCACAUCCAUUUAUCCAGUGCCAAGUAUAUGCGCCCAGGACCAAAUUUCCGAUUGGUUCGAUUCACUAGCCGAAUGCCUUCAUUGGAAUGUGCGAAAAAGCCAAAAAGCACUGGACGAAUACGAACGAAGUGGCGAACAAAAUGAUUGAUGAAUUUUCACGCGUUUAAUUUGUUGGCCAACGGAACUAAUUGAAUUUAUUCGAUGAAUGAAGUGUGGCAAUGAAUUCCAUGUUUCAAUUAUUGUUUUUUUUUGGUUUAGAUUUCUACAAAUUAAAUUGUGAUCCGACGUGUAAGUUGCAAUAAAUUGAGAAUAGGAUUCUUGAUGAAUUUAUUGUUGUUUUGUACGAUGAGUGUUUUUUGAUUAUAGAUUUAGAACUAAAAAGUAUAAAAAAAACCUGUUCUUGUUUAAAUUUUCAUUUCUAUUUGUGAAUGUGCACUGGAAAUUAGGUAACUAAUUUUAGAUUCUUUUUUUAAAUGUAACGUUAACUGGUUGUAGACAAGUAUAAAAUUAUUUUUUGUACGA